AGGCGCAAAGGCUGCGGGAGGUGAGCGGCGUUGAGUCUUGAGUCUCCGCAAAGGUCUGCGGAGGUCUGGGUGCGGAUCCGGAGGAAGCUGGUCGCGGACCGGCUCCAGAGGGGGUCCGAGGACUGCGGUGACCGGCGUGCCUCUCUCUCACUGCCCCGCAGCGUCAGUGCUGUCCUGGAAGAUGGGAAAGGGCUGCAAGGUUGUCGUUUGUGGGUUGUUGUCUGUUGGGAAAACUGCAAUUCUGGAGCAACUCCUUUAUGGGAAUCACACUAUUGGAAUGGAAGACUGUGAAACAAUGGAAGAUGUAUACAUGGCUUCCGUGGAGACCGACCGUGGGGUGAAAGAACAGCUCCACUUGUAUGACACCCGAGGCCUGCAGGAAGGCGUGGAGCUGCCAAAGCAUUAUUUCUCAUUUGCUGAUGGUUUCGUUCUGGUAUACAGUGUGAAUAACCUUGAAUCCUUUCAACGAGUGGAGCUUCUGAAGAAAGAAAUUGAUAAGUUCAAAGACAAAAAAGAGGUGGCCAUCGUUGUGUUAGGAAACAAAAUUGACCUUUCUGAGCAGAGACAAGUGGAUGCUGAAGUGGCACAGCAGUGGGCAAAAAGUGAGAAAGUGAAACUCUGGGAGGUGACAGUGACAGAUCGGAGGACACUGAUUGAGCCCUUCACUUUAUUAGCCAGCAAGCUCUCCCAGCCCCAGAGCAAAUCCAGCUUCCCUUUGCCCGGGAGGAAAAACAAAGGGAACUCCAAUUCUGAAAACUGAGUCAAGCCUUGCCUUGAAAUGUCUGUAGCAUGGCACAAGGUUAUGAUCUAACAUGGCCCCUAAGUGGUAAUUUAGUGCACUUUAUGUUACAGUUAUUAGGCUAGUUUAUUAUUGUUGGACAUACUUUGUCUUUAUUUGAAACCUGUUCUUGAAAUCAACACCUUUGUUAAUUAUGGUGCACUUGUCAAUAAUAGUAAAAUAAAUUUAAAAGUGUAUGCAGUGUACCAUGGGAACCCUUCCAGCCUGUUAAGAACUGUUAUGUUCAUUGUAGCUUUGUGCAAAUGCCUUAGUGUGAACAUAACUUAUUACUGUGCUUAUGGAGUCUGCUCUCUCCUUCCAUCCAUGCGUAAGUUCCAGGGUUUGAACUCAGGUUGCCUGGCAAGCACCUUCCCCACUGAGUCAUCGCAUGACAGGCCCACAGCUUUGUUUUAAGAUUGAUGAAGGCACACCUGUAAUCCCAGCGCUCUGGGAGGCAGAGGAAGGUGGAUCUCCUGUGAGUUUGAGGCCAGCCUGGUCUACAAACUGAGUCCAGGACAGCCAGAGCUACACAAAGAAACCCUGUCUCGAAAACAACAACAAAAGGUUGAUUAGUCAGUAGUUAAGAUUCAUGCUCUUGCAGAAGACCCAGAUUCAAUUCCUAGCACCUACUUGGUGGUUCACAACCACCUAAUUGGUGGUUUAUAUCCCACCUAAGGGAUUCAAAACCUUUUCUUUUGGCUCCUUUAGGCACUGCAUGUAGACAGUGCCUGUAUGUAUGUAUGUAUGUAUGUAUAUAUAUAUAUGCAUGGAAAACCACCCAUCUGCAUAAAAUAUCUGUUUUUAAAGGUUAAUCAUCUAAUAUCUAAGAUUAUAAAACUUGGCAGUUGUUUUGUGUACCUAAAUUGUACCAGUAGCAACAAUUUGGAUCUAUGUGAGUUAACUUAUUUCAUGAGGGCUUUGCUUUAGUAAAUGUAAUAGAGCUUAAGGUUUGGAUGAGUGGGCUUGCAUUCAGAGCCAUUUUAUUCUGUAAGCUAGGGCUGUGCUGACAAUAAAACCAAAUACUA